AUGGCCCUAAAGGGGAAACUCCUAAGAGGAAUGUAUGAGGAACUGAAGGAAAUGUGCCAUAAACCAGACAUGGAGCUGCUCCAGCAUUUUGGAACCAUGUUGAAAAGGAGUGAGUCUGUGCAGCUUCACAUGCCCCAGCCUGUGAACCCAGAGCUCAGUUCUUGGCCCAUCACUGGACUGAUAGACAGGCUCAACCAAUUCCAAGUAUAUAUUUCCUGGGAAGAUGAAAUAGCCGCUUGUCACGUGCCCCUGUUUGAAGAUCUGAGACAUUUGCUCUCUACUCCUGCUCUUCUCGAUGUUGUCCAUAAUCCAACAAGGUCAAAGUCUUUCCUCGCAUGGGGAGCCCAGCCAUUCACUUCUGGCCGACAUUACUGGGAGGUGGAUGUGGGGGUGUGUGGGAAAUGGAUCAUUGGAUUUUGUAAUGAUUCCUGGACAAAGAGGAAUGACAUGAUGGUUAACUCCGAGGGGAUUUUUCUACUUUUCUGUGUCAAGGAGGAGACUUGCUGCUGUCUCUUUACCUCCUCCCCACUCCUGCCUCACUACGUGGAAAGGCCUCUCGGCCCCGUAGGGGUGUUCCUGGAUUAUGAAUGUGGUACACUGAGCUUUGUUAAUGCGGCCCAUAGUUCCCUCAUCUGUAGUCUCUUCUCCUGUUCCUUCUCUUCUUCUCUGCGACCUUUCUUUUGCGCUGGAACCACAUGA